AUGGCUUAUCCUCCAAAGCAACUACCCAACACCAAGGCCGAUGACGAGCCAGCCAUCUCUGCCGCGAUCUCCCCAGCUAGACGAGAGAAGCUGCUGGCUAUUAAGAAGCGUGAAGAGAUGAAGGACUUGAUCGUUAAUAAGUUGAAGAAGAAACACUCAACUCAUGAGGACCCCGACAAGGACGAUUGUCGUAGUGAAAAAAGUGCUAUUAUCAAAAAGGAGGUUAACAGGCUUCUGGACAACACCAAUAUUCCCGUUACCGAGGCGAAUCUCAAUAGGCUUGAGCGUCGAAUUCAGAAAAAGGUCGAUUGUGGUGCUUUGAAGGGAGAUGAUGGAGUUUCGGUCGUCAGUGGGGUUAGUGCGUACAGUCAGCGGUCUGGUGGUAGCAGCUAUAGGGGGCCUCAGAGACCAACCAACACGAUGGAGGCGAUUCCAGAAGAUGAGGAGGGGCUGAGUGUAAAUGGACGGGCAAUUGAGGGAGGUGAGCAGAGGAGAUAUAACUGGAGUAGGCUGGAUGAGUACUCGCGAUAUCUGCAUGAGCAAGACAGCAUUCGACAGAAGUUGAACGAGCUGGAGGUGAAGAAACGACUGGCUGAGGAUUUGAGACGACAAAUGCGAGAGUCUCGAUCGCGCAAGGCUCAGCUGGUGGAGGAGGAGAAGAAGUUCAAGGAGAAUCAGCUAAUCGAAAUCGACGAAUGGCAGAAGUACGAGGACAAGGUGAAUGCGGAGAGACGAGAUAAAGCGAUCAAGGAGCAAAAGGAUAGGGAACUGCAGAUGAACUUUGAUAAGGCUAGGCAGGAGAGAGAAGAGGAGAAGCGCAGGAAUGAGGAGGCUAAGCUGGUGGCGAAGAUCACCAGAGAGAUGGCUUUGGAGAAAAAGAAGAUACUCCAGAGGAAGCAGGCCCAGAAGGAUGCUAUGGUGACCAUCAUGAAGGAGAAUGUGAAGGAAAGGAAGAUUCGUGAGGAGGAGCGGCUGAGGCAAAUUCAAUUUGAUAUCGAGAGUAUGGCAGAGUACAACAGGAUACUAGAUGCGCAAGAAAAGGCUAGGAAGGAUGAACUAGAGGCUCGUGUUGCCCGACAGAAAGCUCUGAUGGAAACUAUGCAAGAUACGGUGGUGAAGGAGCAGAAUGCUAAGGCGAAUGAGAUGGAGGACAGAGCGGAUAGGCAGCUGGCUGAGGCCAACGCUAGAGCUGAGGAGAGAGAGAGGUUGAAGGAAGAGAGGCUAAGGGAGAUCCGGCAGGAGACGCAGGAGUAUCUAUUCCACCAAAUGGCCGAGAGGGAAUCUCGUAAGAAACACAAUCAGAUGCUGAAGGACCUGCAAGCUCAGAUCUUAGAAAGCGACACUAAAGCGUAUCGAGAAAACGAAGCCUUGCGUGCUCAACAACGACGCGAAUUUAAUGUUGAGCACAGAAAGCUUUUGGAGAGGCAGAUGAGGGAUAAGGAGCGUCAAAAUGUCCUCACCAAGUACGAAAUGUCCCCAGUAGAGAUGCGAAUCAACAGGCAACUUUUGGAUGUUGUAGACAAGUCCUUGAAGGAACGCGAUGAAGCUAUGGCUGCUCUUAAGCAGGAGGAGGAAGAGGAGGAGGAGUGUGAGGAAGAGAUGGAUGAGUAA